CCGGAGUCUAACGGCAUUGCCGCAAAACCCUAAACCCUAAGCAGAACAAAAAAAACAAUAUACACAUACAUAUUCUCUUUCUCUUUGGGUUGUAAACGAGAAAGAAUGGAGCAAAGAAUGGGGAAUACAUGGAGAAUGACAGUAAAUGAGAAGAAGUUUAUAGAAUCUGCCUUAGAAUCUGAACUCAGAAUAGAUGGUAGGCGUCCCUUUGAUUAUCGAACCCUCAACAUCAAGUUUGCUAGAGAAGAUGGUUCAUCAGAAGUUCAACUGGGGCAAACUCAUGUUAUGAGUUUUGUUACGUCGCAACUAGUGCAACCUUAUCGAGAUCGGCCAAAUGAAGGAACCCUUUCAGUAUUUACUGAAUUUUCCCCAAUGGCGGAUCCUUCAUUUGAGGUAGGUCGUCCUUCAGAGUCCGCUGUGGAGUUAGGUCGCAUAAUUGACAGAGGGUUAAGGGAAAGCAGAGCUGUGGACACUGAAUCACUCUGUGUUGUGGCUGGGAAGUGGGUUUGGUCAAUUCGUAUUGAUCUCCAUAUUUUGGACAAUGGAGGUAAUCUUGUUGAUGCUGCCAAUAUUGCUGCUUUAGCUGCACUUUCGACAUUUCGGAGGCCUGAAUGUACACUUGGAGGAGAUGACGGCCAGGAAGUGAUAGUGCAUCCGCCUGAGGUGAGGGAGCCACUUCCCUUGACCAUACACCAUCUACCUAUAGCAGUAACUUUUGCAUUUAUUGGAGAUGAGAAUAUGGUUAUAGAUCCAACACAUUAUGAAGAAGCCGUUAUGGGAGGGAGAAUGUCCGUCACCCUGAAUGCAAAUGGUGAUGUCUGUGCAAUUCAAAAAGCUGGAGGACAGGGUGUCAUGCAAAGUGUUGUCAUGCAGUGUCUUCGCAUAGCAUCAGUAAAGGCCGGAGAUAUAACUAGCAAAAUUAAAACCACCGUUGAAUCUUACAACACAGAGAGAGCUCUCAAAAUGGUCAAGCGACAUGCUCCUCCUAGUAAAGCCGUUGAUGUCAAUGAACCAAGUCAAAAGGCUAAGCAAAUUUUGGAGGAGCAAAAAUUGAAAUCAGAAGAGUGCAGUGUUAGUCAGAGCGAUGACAUGGAUGUUGAGCAGGGUAGAAUCAACAAGAGAACUGAUAAGACCCUGAGUUUCACAAGCGGGCCCUCCAGUUGGGAUCCAUAUUCAGAGGGUGUCAACACAGAUGAAUUGAAAGCUGCUCUUGCUUCUCGUGGUUCAUCAGCAGUGCCUAUGAAACUAGAUAAUUUAGGUGAUAAUACUAGAGAUGAAACAAAAUCAGAUGAACCACUUUCAGAUGUUAAUCCAGUAUCUUCAUCGACUGACUCCGCUGGAAAAGAAAUGGCAAUAAACAGAGAGAAGACUUUACAAGAUGCUGUUAAGCCUAAGAAUAAACGGAAAAAGAAGAAAUCGUCUAAUAUUGCUGCAGCUUAGAGAAUGCAUGUGUGAUCUAUCUUUUUGAGAUUGAGAUUACUCGGCCUGGUAUUAGUAAAUUCUGUGACUAAUUGCACAGUAGGAGCAGCACAUGAAGCUUCCUGACACGAGCAGCUAAAUCAUUGUCUUCAAAUUGAAGAACAUGAAUUGACAGCAUUGCCAUCAAUGUUCAGUGAGAAUGAAGGAUUAAAGAAUGCUGCAUUUGGUAUUGGUCACCUAGCUCGAGUUCCAAUCUCUUGAUCCCGCACCAGAACUAUUGGCAUUCUUACUUUCUAAAAUCUUGAUUUGAACUUCUCAUGGACUUGAACUCAGAGAAAGACAAAAAAUGCUUUUUUCCUGAAAGUUUCCUCUGGCUUUUCUUGAGCUUUUGAUGUGUUUGUUGUUUGUCCUUGUAGAGGAUUUCUAUUUAUGGUUGUAGAGAAGACAAUCACAUUGCAGGCAAACUCUUCUGCUAGACUUGACUGACUAACUAUUUAUGUGACAGCCGUAUUCUAUUGGCCUAAACAUAUCAAGUUCAAUGCU